AUGUACAAUAUUUCACCGAAGAGUGCAGCAUUACUAAUGCGAAGGAGGGAGAAAAUUCGAAAUUUCGGCAUUGUCGCCCAUGUGGACCAUGGAAAAAGUACGCUGGCCGACCGAAUAUUAGAGUCAGCUGGUAUUUUCGAUUCGGAACAUGAGAGUCAAAUUUUGGAUACUCUUCAGGUUGAACGUGAACGAGGAAUAACCGUAAAAGCUCAAACUUGCACGAUGAUUUAUAAAGAUCAUUUGCUAAAUCUUAUCGAUACCCCAGGCCAUGUUGAUUUCAAUUAUGAAGUAUGUCGUUCACUUGCGGUUUCUGACGGAAUUUUAUUUAUUGUUGCUGCUAAUCAGGGCAUUCAAGCUCAAACUGUCACCAAUUUUUGGUUGGCUUUCGAAAGGGAUGUCACCAUUAUUCCUAUCAUUAACAAAAUUGAUAUGAAAGAUGUCGACUUAGAAUUGGUGAAGAAACAGAUGAUAAAUCUUUUCGAAUUCAAUUUGUCUGAUUUUCUUUUAAUUUCUGCCAAGUAUAGAACGAACAUUCCUUUACUGUUGGAUGCUAUUAUAGAAAGAGUCCCUUGUCCUAAAGUGGAUUAUAACGCUCCAUUUCGAUCCUUAAUUUUUGAUUCUUGGUAUGAUAAAUAUAUUGGUGCUAUUGUCUUAGUGCUAGUCAAAGAAGGAUCUGUUACUCGAGGACAGAAGAUUUCUUCGUUUUUAAAUAAGAAGGAAUAUGAGGUUCAUGAAGUUGGAAUUAUGCAUCCAAAUAUGUUACCUGUUGAAUCACUAUAUGCCGGUCAAAUUGGUUAUAUUGUAACAAGAAUGACUUCAGUGAAGGAAGCCGCUGUUGGUGACACGUUGUUCGAUUAUUCUUCGAAAGCAGUUAUAGUGCCUGUAUCUGGGUUUAAGCCAGCAAAACCUACUAUAUAUUCUGGUUUAUUUCCAGUUGAUGGCAAUGAUUAUGAUUCCUUGAAGCAAGCUGUGGAACGGUUGGCAUUAAAUGAUCCAUCAGUAUCUAUAUCAGGAGAUUCGAGUCCAGCUCUGGGUCUUGGUUGGAGAAUAGGAUUUUCAGGAAUGUUACACAUGGAGGUAUUUGGUGCACGUUUAGAACAAGAACACAAAGCAAAUGUCAUUUUAACUUAUCCUAGCAUUGAAUUUCGUGCAAUUAUAAAAGACAAUCAAACUGUUCGUAAAAAAAGAUAUGAAGGAAAGAGUGAAAUUAGCGUUGUAGAUGCUUCAAAAUUUCCUGAUCCAUCAGAUGUUGAAAAAUUUCUUCAACCAAUGGUGAAACUUACUAUAAUUAUGCCUUGUAAAUAUUUAUGGCCAGUAAAAUCAUUAUGUAAACAAGCUAAUGGCGUUUUUAAUGAAGUGAGUUACAUUGAUGAAACUCGAGUAAUGCUUCAGUCGCAUUUGCCUCUUGCCAAAGUUAUUGUUGGAUUUUUCGAAGACUUGAAACGAAUAACAAGUGGUUUUGCUUCUUUCGAUUACGAGCAUGAUGGAUACGAGGAAGUAAAUCUUAUUAAAUUAGUUAUAUCCAUUAAUGAUAAACCAGUCGAUGAGUUUUCCCAAGUUUUAAUAGCAUCACAAGCAAAAAAUCGUGCGCAAUUAAUUGUUCAACAUUUAAAAAAAGAAAUACCUCGACAACAGUUCGAAGUUAUUAUUAAAGCAACGAUUGGAACUUCAUCGAAAAUAAUUGCUCAAGCACGUAUUUCUCCUAUAAAAAAAGAUUUCACACAAACUCUCAAAGGCAAUUUCGGAGGAGGUGGAGAUCGAUUUAAGAAAAAACUUGCUGAUCAAAAGGAUGGAAAAGCUCGAUUGAAACUCCUUGGAAAAGUAGCAAUUCCAAAGGAAGCAUUUAUUAAUUUUUUAAAAAAUUAA